AGUUUAACAGAGUCCCUAGUUUAGAUAUAAACUCGCAUUUUUUUAUACUAAAAAUAAUAAUAAUAAUAAUCAAAAUUGAUACGUUUGGUUUAAGUUCAGUUGGUGUUAUUUUGAUACAGUGUCUGGUCUAAUAAAAAAAAAACUGUUGUGAUAUAAAGUGAUAAAAUGAUGUUAGCAACGACUACUAUGAGAAAAAGAAGACUCAGCGAUAAAGUCGUUAAAUUUCCAAAAAUUCUAGAAUGUGAAACUAUUGAUGUGGAUUCUUUAGAAGAUGAAUCUAUAGAUGCUGAAAGACUUCAUGAAACGCCGUUGAACGAGCACGAUUCUUCAUCAUCUGAUAAAGUUAAACACCAAUCGUUAAAACAUUUGAACCUAAACGGUUUAUGCAACAAAAAAGAAGAAUGCUACGUAGAAGAAAUCGUACUUCCUGGUGAUUCUAUACAAAGUCUAUCGGACCUCGAAAUACUCAGUUUGCGAUCGAACGGCAUACAGAAUUUUCCAAACAGCGUACUGCAAUUGAUAAGUUUAGUUGUGCUUGAUUUGUCUGAUAAUAAUUUGUUGACAUUACCUCCGGAAAUCAACCAAUUGAAACUACUGCAAGAGUUAGUGUUGGAUCAGAAUUUGUUGAGUGUCUUACCGGCUACCAUAUGGGAUUUAAAGUUUUUGAAAAUCUUGAAAGUGGCUAAUAAUAGAUUGGCAGUACCGCCGGAUAAAAGUGUGGAAAUGAGAGCAUUAGUUCUACAAGAAUCUGAAGACAAGAAACAGGAUUCUCCAGGCAUCACUACUUUAAAUCUAAGAUCCAAUCGACUCAAAGGUCACAUAAUUCUUGGCAAUUACGGUUGUUUAACCGAGUUAGAUGUGAGCGAAAAUAGUAUAGAAAAUUUGGAUUUGAGUGCUGUCGGUCAACUUGAAAUUUUACAAUGUUCCAGAAACUCAUUAACGACUCUAACUUUACAUGGCAAACGCCUCACAUCUAUAAUCGCGGGAAAUAAUAAAUUAAAGAAUAUAUCUAUAUGCCAUCCACCGAAAGGGCUAAAGCAUUUCGAUAUUUCAUAUAAUGAACUUGAGGCUCUUCCCGAUUGGUUAUCAGAAUGCAGUGAACUGAGAUGUUUAUUUGCAAGUAAUAAUGGAUUGCAAUAUCUACCAGACCAUUUAUUUCUUAACGAAUUACCUUUUUUACACAGCCUCCAGUUAGCUUACAAUCAUCUGCAGAGUCUACCAUCGAUAAAUAAGAAGUUACCAAUCCAGGAGUUGUUUAUGCAAAAUAACAGUUUGUCCAAUUUACCGGAAACGUUUUUUCAAUGUUUACCUUCCAUUAAAGUGUUAAAUCUAUCCAACAAUAGACUUUGCGAUCUACCAAAACCAAACGAAGUUUUGGUUAUCGAGAAACUGUUUUUAACAGCAAAUUGCCUUAUUGAUAAAUCUUUAGAUAGCUUAGCUCCGUUUUUAAGAAAUAUCAAAACUCUCCAUGCGGCUUACAAUAAUUUCACAACUUUACCGGAAAAUUGUACUAUAUUUUGGCCGGAACUAGAAGAACUAGUAUUAUCCGGAAAUAAAUUGUUAAGACUUCCGGAAAAUAUCGAAAAAUUAAAACAUUUAUCGGUCCUUAGGGUACAUUCCAAUUUAUUACAAACCAUACCAAAGUUAUCAACUCUUUUAUGUUUAAGAGUAUUAGAUUUAGCUCAUAAUCAAUUAGAUCGUAUCGAUCUAACGUCAUUAAUACCACCGAAUCUCAAAUUUUUAGAUCUGUCUUGUAAUACAAAACUCCACGUAGAUUCCCACCAAUUCAACACGUACCGCACCCAAAGACCCAUGAGUCUAGUAGACGUAUCUGGAAAAAAUAGAACCACGUUACCUUUAACUCCUUCUCCCUUUUGCGAAAAUGAUUUUACCGAGAAUUGUUGGUCUGUAGGUUUUUCAGAAACGGCAGGUGGUAAACAGAGGCUUUACAUAUCUCAAAUUCGAUUACCAGCUUUUUGUAAUACCGAAGCUUUAUUCGGAAUGUUUGAUGGCGAGUCUAAUAACGAAGCUCUAAUCGGAAUCGAUAAAGUGGUACCGAGAAUCCUCUUGGAAGAACGAACCGUUAAAGAAACCGCUCACGAUUACAUGAAAUAUACCAUGUUAUCAGUUUAUCGAACGUUAAGGAAUAAAGGACAUCGUCAAGGUUUCGGCGCCAUCCUAACGCAUAUAAUGAAAUCGAAACAAACAGCCGAUUAUUCGUUUUGUGGUAGCAUAAAAAAAUACGUUAUGAAAAUAGUUAGUGUUGGAGAUAUAAGGAUAGUACUAGGUAGAGUUUCGGGACCGGUUCGAGUAUUACCGCAAAAACAACGUAAACAAAUAAGAACCAAUCCGCAGAUACAACUCACCAUACCAGAUCCAUAUUUCACCGAAAUAUACCUCGAAGAACAAGACGAAUAUAUGAUAAUAGCUAACAAAAAUUUGUGGGACGUUAUAACACCAGAAAACGGUAUUAAAGAAGUUACUUUACAAAGAAAUGUGAUUUUAGCAGCGAAAAGACUUCAAGAUCUAGCACAAAGUUACGGAGCUGAAGAAAAUUUAAGUAUAAUAGUAGUUAAAUUUAACGUCCUCAGUUCAGACGUAGAUCUCCUCAUGAGAGAAUUAAGACAAACGAUCCGAAAAAACAAAUACCAAAGUGAAAUUAAUAACGUGAACAACGGCGGUUGUCAACCGGGUUGUUGUUGCGAAGCUUUAAAUCAGGAAUGUUUGAAUUGUCUAGAUCAAGUUCCUAUACCGCCUCCGAUGCUUCCGUGCGAAGAUAGAUCCUCGCCUAGCGGACAAAGUGAAAACAACUGUAGCGACUGUAAUUUUUCCGCUAAAAUGUUCAUCAACCAAUUAAACAAACAGAACGAAAACAGAUCGGUUCGCAGUUUGACACCGUCUAUAUUCGAAUCAGUCGAUGUAAAAGCGAAUCCGGAAAGGCGCAGCUACAGGGGGGUGGCCAAAGCGCUGCGUCAAAGAAAAGAAGAAGAUCGCAAUAGAGAAGAUUCCGAUUCCGCUUUAUCCGAAGAGCAAUUCAAAUGUUGGGAAUAUAUGCUCGAACAAAAUACUCAAUUAUUAUUCGAUAAAGAAUUGAAUACUUUGAAUAAAAAUAUGAAAAAUAAACCGGCUUCAUUGAAAUUGGCGACCUUAUCGAGAAGUUCGCCACAUUUAGCGGAUUGCACCUUGAACAAUACAAAUCAAAAUUCUUUUUUAUCGAAACAGUUCGGUAGUACAAGGUCAUUCAAUCCGCUUUUGUCCAGAUCGGGAUCGAAGUUAACUUUGGAUAAAAAACAGUUAUUAGGGGGACCGCAUGCUGCUUAUUUCGGUAGUUUACAAAGACUCAUGCCAUAUAAUUUGGAAUAUGACUUUGCAUUGAUGCACGAACGAGGAUUAGCCGAUUCUUUGGACUUGGAUAGGAUGCAGCAGUAUUGGGGUGUUACUACUACUGAACUCUGAAACAAGAAUGGCCUUUUGUAACUACCGUGAUCAUUAUACUACAUUUGUCUGCACUCUUCAGAAUUGAGUUUGAUGUAAAUGCGGAGCUUCAAUAAUGUUUUCAGAUAAUUGUUCAAAAAAAUUGCGAAAACUUGCUUGAGCUUGGAGACCCACACGUCUUAGUUACUAUAUCUGAUGAAAAUGUGUAUUUAAUUAUUAUGUUCUUCGUAAUUUUUAUAAGCUCUUGCUCUUGUAUACCAGUUCUUGUCAAUCGACUAAACGCGGUCUAUCUAUUAGAGCGAUUAAUGAUUUCUUUCCUUGGUAUUCAAGCCAAUCGCUUCGGCGAAUCCAAUUUUGAAUCGUAUUACUUUCACUGGGCGUAUUAUCAAACCAGUCAUCAUUUUCGGAUUUUCAGUGACGACUUAUUCUUAGUAGUAAUAAUCUGUUGAUUUUGACAUUUUUUAAAUAAUCCGGCAGGUCAAAAGUUGCUGUCUUAUUAAACAUUUUCUUUCAGUACACAUUCUUGAACCAUCUUAGCAAGUCUUGCUGUAUACAGGGUCAUAUUCAACUCGAUUUGUUACAGAACCAUCAUCGUUUGAUUCUAUACAAAAAAGUCAGUCGAGCAAGCAGUAAGCACCAGCUUCCCCACCUCGCUAAGCUAAUUUUACCGCGGCUAGGUGAUAGAAUUUCCGUUGCGGCUUUUCAGGGGUAUUUUCAUUUCAUAAAUUUAUCAUUUUCGUUUUCUUUUACAGCUCGCGCUUAUUGAAAUACUUUCGAAUGAGUCAAUAUUAACAUUAAUCUACUUUCUAUCAUUGCUUUCAAUGCAAAUUUUUUAUUGUAAUCGCUAUUCUUUGGUAUUUUUGAUUUCAAAAAACUAAAUAUUAAAUUGAGUAUCUAAUAAGAGGUAAAUCGAUUCGACCGAUAUUUGCGUUGUUUUAUAUUUAUCGAAAUGAACAAACUUACUCCAUCCAAAGAACAAAUUUAUUUAUUAAUUCGUUUUAGCAACUUCAAAAGCGUCUAAGUUAAAUUUCGGCAAAUUUGUAAACUUUAUCGAAAGUGUAUUCAAACUGUGAAUCACUUAAAAUUGUCCUGGUUUUUUGUUUCACUGUAUUUGUUUCACUUGCAGGGGUAUUUUUGUUAUUUUUAUUACAAUAACCGACUGAAAAUUUUAUUUUAUGCCUACUACUAUUCUAGUUUUAUAGGCCGUUAUUGACCGUAUAUUGAUGAAUAUUUAUGUUGGGGUGUCAAAUUAUUCCAUUGAUGGAAUGCCGGGAUUUUACUAUAAAAAAUCAUAUUUUUGAUAUAGAAUUUUAAUUACCUUGUUGAAUAAAUUCAUUUAUGAUAAAAAUUUGCACCCAAAAGUUCACUGUAAAAUGAAAAUUAAGUUGAUUUUUUUAGUCUAAUGUUUGUAUGUAUAUUUGAUGUUUUUUAUGUGUUAAGUUCGAGAUCAUAACGUGGGAUCUAUGGAAAAAAUUAUUAUAAUUUGAAAUGUUUUGUUAGAACAACAAGGAGAAUACUACUCGCCGGAUUUAUUACUUUCUUCCAUUCUUCCUAAAUAAAGCAGGUGAUAGGGUCUUUGUUUUAGUUAUAAUUUUCAUCACCUUCAUAUUCAGUAUUACAACCGAAUCUGGACAUUUUGAAACAUUUAAUAACGUCAAAAUCGAAUUAGACAAAUAUGUAUCCAUGGCAAAGUAUAAUUAUGAACUUUUCAACUGAAUCACCAUUUUUUGUCGCCUGUGAAACUUUUCCCGUUUCUUUUUGUGUCGGAAAAUCGAGUACAUCGAGUGAAGUAUAGAAGUUUCUUUGAGGGAAACUUUUUUAUCGAUAAAAUCAACAUCUAAAUAUCGAAGGACAUUCGUUAUUGUUGAGAAAUGUCAGGAGUUAAAUCUGACACAAUUAUUUCUUUCUAAAGAUGAAUUAAUUCGGAAUCUGUGGUGACGAAUAUUAAACAGUUUGUAGAGUUUCUUCGCUACAAGCUACAAAUAUAAAUAAAUAUAAGAUAAAUCCUUAAUUUGUACCGUCUUGAAAUGUUGUAUUUUCAACAGGACCGCGUAGAACAUGAUUUUGUAUACAAUUUAAAUUUGAAAUGUGUGAGAUACUUUUUCAAAAUUGAUAAUAAUAAAUACUAACAGGCAAUUUUUUGAUUUUCGGACCAUUUGAUGACCCACAUAUGCAUUCAUGAAUAUUUAAUAAUUUUGAUCACAUUUAGUUGAUUUUCUGGCAGUUUCUGUGCAAUUUUUAAUAGAUUUUAAUAGAAUAAAAUUAUAUUUUCUUCUUGUGCUUUUUAAUACAUGUCCAAUAUAAAAUUUUUGUGAAAUCUUUGAUAGAAAAUAAAAUUGUUUUUUGUAAAA